AUGUCCCUCCACUGCUGCCCCCCAGCAGGGGGCAACAGUGGCUCUCUGCUCAAUAAAUCAGAGGCGGAACCUUUGUGUCGGUCUGGUGUUUCCUCCGGACGAGUUUGGAGCGGGCAGCGAGUAGAGGACCGUGUCCGCUGUGCUGUACUGAUUAUUGUUUUGAUAUUGAUCACCGUGUGGACCGUGAUGCAGUGCGGCUGGCCUCUGUUAGGUCCGCUGCAGUGGAUCCGUUACGUCAACAAACAGGUGACGGUGAAGGCGGGAAAAGAUGAAGAGCAUCACGGCUGGCUGCUCACCGUGGACCCGGUGUCUGCCAGUGUGGUCCUGGUGGACUUCAGGGAGGACGGGGGGACGUCGGUGCAGGUGGUGAUGGGUCACGCUGUCGAGGAGGUGCAGGUCCUGCAGGAGGCGGACGAGGAGACCGCAGACCGCCUCCGGACCUCCUUCCUGUCCCCGAGGACCUGCAGCCUGGACCCCGAGGAGCUGAGGAUGAGGAGGCGAAGCGUCCGGAGCUGGCUCGAGAAGAACCGGGUCCCUGUGGAAGAGGAGGGGGACGAGCUGAGGGUGGCAGGGGUCCUGACCAUCAGGGCCCCGUACGGACCUGAAGACUGCUUCAGCUCCAACCAGACCGUCCUGGACCGCGUCCAGAGACUUAUCCAGAAUCUGAUCCAGACCCAACCAGAUUGUCCUGGACUGAUCCCUGAACACAAACCAGGUCUGAUGAAUCCAUCCAUCAGAGCUCAGCAGCAGCCGUGAUUGACAGCUUGUCUGAACCAGUUUGACUUUUUUGUCCAAUUAAAGAACACUGAAGGUUGAAGCCCCGCCCCUCACCUGAAACAUUCUGAUCAGAUCGAUUGAUCCAGCUGCCACUGAUCAGUAAUCUCCAUCAAUAAUUAACUGUCCAGGUGUUUCAUCAGUGAGUUGUAACGUCUCAAUUUGGCCAAAGAUUCAGUCCAGUUGAUCAGUAACGUGAUCGAUUAAUAAAGCUGAGGAUGCUUUUGUGUAAAUGCUGUCAAUCCAGUUUCAGUGUUUCAGUAUUAUAGGAUGUGGUCUUCAUGUGGUCCUGGACGUGGAUCAGAAACCUGUUGGACCUGACACUUUCUGUUUACCUGAAGGACUCACCUGUUCACCUGUGACAUGUCCCUUUAUCUCUGACUUCCUGUUUGGUGACUUGUUAUUUUCAAAAUAAACAUUGAAUUUACUGAAAAA